CAAAACAACUCAUUGACAGUUUUUAUGGUCGGUGAUUGGGUGGUCUGUUAGUCAAGAAAAUGGAAGAAUGUGAUUAGCAUUUGAUAAAGAGGCUUGCUGGUGAUCAACUUGGAAACCUGUUGCGGGAAAAAUGAUUUUUUGACGGACUUUGACAUUACGUUUACCGUUAUGUUUGUGUCCACGGACGGGCAAUGUAUUGUUGAGCCUUGGAAAGCGUACUACUUAGUAUAAAAUAGAAAACAUCAGAUGGCAUUUGUUAUCAAUUGUGAAGACAAGCCGCUGCGCAAGUCGAGACUCGGACCGCCUGAUGUGUAUCCCCAAGAGCCAAAGCAAAAAGAGGAUGAGCUCACUGCAGUCAGUGUCAAGCAAGGCUUCAAUGCAUCGCCCAUCACUCCCGAUGAAUAUGGCUCAGCCAAAAGCCUCAACAUCAACACCAGCAAGAUGUUGGAGAACUUCUCCGCCGUGCUCUCCAAGAAAUACGAAAUCAAUACGCUGCCGGAGACGGGCAAAAAGAAGCAGCAGAUUUCGCACCGGGACAACUACUGGCCGGUACCGACACGGCCCAAGGCGGCCGAGGUCUGGCUCAAGGACCUGGUUGGUAACAAGCCGUUGACCAUGUUGGCCAAAAAGGUGCCCAUCUUCAACAAGAAGGACGAGAUCCUGAGCAAGCUGUGCGACUACUCGGUACCGACGGUGCGCGCCUGCUGGCUCAUCAAGAUGUCCUCAGCGUAUUACGUGGCCAUCUCCGAGACCAAGAACAAGUCGAAGCGCCAGCUGCCCGACCAGACGCAGGAGUGGACGCUGACGCUGGAGCGCUUCCUGAAGGAGCAGCUGACGCGGCUGGAGGAGCACUACUCGUGGACGCCGCAGGUGGGCGUCUUCCCGGCGAUGAGCGGCAGCUCGACUGAGGAGCAGAAGGUGGCUGCCCGCCACUGGCAGUACGGCACGCAGCUGGCUGGCGUCAUGUACGAGCAGGGCCUGCUCGACCGUGAGCCUUUCCUUGAGUGGGUGCUGGACGUGUUCCGCGCGCGCGCGCACGACGACGGCCUGCUGAAGCUGGUGGUACCGCUGUUGCUGCAGUAUGUCGGCGAGUUCACGCGCUCCGAGCUGCUGGCACGUAAGCUCGCCUACUACGCUUGCAAGAAGCUGAAUCAGAUGGUGGCCGAGAUGGACGCGUCGGGUGGGCGAGGCCAGAGCCCGGUGUUCGGCCAGGGCGGCCAAGAGGCGGGCGCCCCGCCGCCGCCCGCCCAGCCCGUGCACAGCAACCCGCUGGUGGCUGCCUUCAUCAGGCUUGUCAACUGCAACUUCUACGAGAGCAUCGUGUACGGCUUGGGCUCGGUCCUGCAGAUGAUCUUGUAUAAGAACCCGACUGCGCUGGUGUGGAACAACCUGGGAGACGGCAAGUCGUCGCCGCUGAGCAGCUCGCCACUGGGCGGCUCGCCGCUGGACCUGCUGCCCUGCCUGCCGUCCGGCCUGCCGCUGCCGCCGAGCGCCAGCAACGGCGAGUGGCGGACGCGCCUGCGCCGCGUAGAGGACGACGUGCUGGAGCGGAGUCGCGCCUCGGACCUGCGCUGGUCCGUGCAGACGUCCACAGAGCUGACCGUGGGCCGCGUGCUGGCUGCGCUCGACGCGCUCGACCAGCACAAGUGGCACCGCACCGACGACACCAACAACUUCGACACGCUGUACGCGCGCGUGUUCCCGCCGGCGGGCCGCGAUGGCGCCGACGGCCGGCCGUCGGACGACGCGCUGGUGCAACUGCUCUGCGAAUGGGCCGUCUCGCCGCAGCGGCUGGGCGAGCACCGCGCGCCGGCCGUCGCCAUGCUACUGGAGAAGCGGCAGGCCGAGCUGACGGCCGCCGACGGCGACGGCGACGACCGCGAGUCGGUCUGUUCCGGCUCCUAUCCGGCCUACGUCUACCAGAGCCUGCUGUUCCGCUUCCUGGACACGAGCGCGCCGGUGCUGGACGACGCCAUGGGGCUGGGCGGUCGCAGUCGGCAGUCCUUUGCCAGCCUGGUGCUGCUGUUCCUCGAGCUGACGCGGCACGACGUGUUCUCGCACGACCAGUACCUGCGCGCGCUGAUCUCACGCGGCGAGCUGCGCACCAACCCGGCCAGUCCGGCCCAGUCGGCCGCCGCCUUCACGCGCUCCGAGCACCACGACGCCGACGACGACAAGCUCGACAUCGACGACGACCUCGACAAGCUGGUGCAGCACAUCAAGUCGACCAACGCUGACAUGGACAAUCCGGACAGCCCGAAGGAGGGCUUCUCGCUGGGCACCGGGCACACCGAGAAGCUGGAGGCCCGCCGCCAAAACCGCCACCUCAUCUACACGACCCACUUCCCUCUGCCGCAAGACGAUGCCUACACCGACGACGACAAGCAGCGGCACAUCCUGCUCUUCGGCGUGAAGAAGGCUCGUGAUGAGGCGCGCCACGCCGUCAAGAAGAUGAACAAGGAGAUCAUGAAGCUGUUCGGCAAGAAACUUUCGAUCGACGUGUCGGAGGGCGGCAAAGUAAAACGCCAGAGCCGCGGCGAGUUUCCGUUCGAGCCGGUGGUGCAGCGCUUCCAGGCGCUAUCCUUCUACGAUCAGCACCAGGUGACGCACCAGUGCGCGCUCCAGGUGGUCGAGAUGCUGAGCGCCUUCGCGGCCGGCAACUCCAGCUACCUGCCGGUGGUGGAGCACGUCUCCUUCCUCUUCGACCUAAUGGAGCUGGCGGUGAACAUCCGCGAGCUGCUGGACUGCUGCCAGCAGAUGCUGCGCGAGCUGCCGGACGUGGAGGGCCAGUUGCACAGCAAGAACUCGGCGCGCGCUGGCACGUACGCCACCUCGCUGGCGCUGCACAUCGUGGGCGCCUGCCGCCGCUACCACAGGACCCUCAUUUUGUCGCAGGACCACACGGCGGCCAUCUUCGAGGGUCUCUGCAAGGUUGUGAAACACGUGCGCAACCACACCGACUGCUCCUCGGCCGAGCGCUGCGUGCUCGCCCACCUGGUCAAUCUCUACAGCAGCUGUAGCUUCCUGCGCUCCAAGCACUACGAGGCACGCUUCGAAAGCUUCAGCAACGCUUACCUGAAGCUGAAGCAGCUGUUCAACACAUCGCUGAAGCCGAGCGGUUCCUCCUUCAGCCGCAACGCCGCCUUCAUGGCGGAGUAUGUGUCGUGCCCGACGCGGCCCAUUGAGCCGGCCGCCGUGCGCGCGCUCAACGAAAGCGGCGCCAACCGCUACAGCUUCGUCUGCAAUGUGGUGAUCGAGGUGUGCAACACGGCCGACAGUGAGCGGCUCAGCGACCUGGCCGUACUGGCGGCCGAGGCCACCGCCCGCUGCAACGCCCUCUCGCCGGAGUGGCUCGGUGUGCUGGAUGCGGCGUGUGGCGGCUCGGACAGCUGGCUGGACGUGCUGACGGCCGUGGACAUGACGGCGCCGGCCACCCACCGCAGCGUCGCCCUUUUCAUGACUGUGCUGGCCGCCCGACACUGCAUCUACAUGGACGACGUGAUCCAGUUCGGCGCCCACUGCCUCCUCACAGGCAGCAAGGGCGACCGCGAGCGCGAGCCGGGCGCACGGCUCGUGCUGCGGCUGCUCGGCCACCUGUGGAUCCCGUCCGAGCAGCCGCAGCCCACCUGGUACGACACCGGCUCGAGCACGUCCGUCCCCUCUGCUGGCCAGCCGUGCAGUCUCAAGUACAGCUGUGAUCGCCACCUCCUGCUGGCAGCGCAGGACAACAUUCCUGUGCAGGCUCUGCUCUGCGCCCUCAAGACCAUCAUCAUCCUGGCGGACGCCACGAUCGGCGACGGCGUCGGGAGGACGGAGAGCAAGACGGGCGGCGGCGAACUCAGCAUCAGCGCCAUCCUGGGCACCUCUGACCAUCACGGCGAGCCAAACGAGCACGGGCGGUCCGGGCCGGGCCUGAGCAAGGCUGGCCUCUCCGAGUUCGCGCGCCACAUGCUGAAGCAGAUCUGCAGCCAGUCGUGGGUGCGCGAGAAGUUCCUCAGCUCGCCAGAGGAGAUCGUCUCCAUGGAGAAGGCCAACUCACCCGACGAGGUUGAUGUCGACCUGCUGGAUCGCGAGAUGUCGCCCAAGCAGGCGCGCCGGCUCUUCCACAUGAUCGUCCACCCGGACAACUACACGUUCUUCGUGGACGACACGCCCGGGGAGCGGCAAGUUUGCGGCCGCAUCCUGGAGACGCUCGACCAAUGGACGAUGCGCGUGGCGUUGCUCGACUUGCGCCUGCUAUACCGCCAGACGGCCAAACAGGCGGCAGACAAGCACGCCCAGUGGCUGCAAACGCUGGCGCGCGCCGUCAUCGAGGCAUUCCAGCUGGGCGGCGGCGAGGCACAUCGGCCGCACGCCAGCCUCGGUUCGGACGAGCGGCCGUCGUUCGUGUGGCUGGUGCCGCCGCUGGUGGCCAAGCUGCCGGCCGAGGCGCAGGCGCGUAUCCUGCAGGCCGCCAUCCAGGUGUUGGAGUCGGCCAGCUGGACGCGGCGGGGCGCCACGCCGGCGGCGCCCGGUCCCGCCGCCCACCAGCCCUUCAAGCAGCUGGUGCUCAGCUGUGUGCGCGGACACGAGGAGCAGCGUGACGAGCUGGUCAGCUCGCUCCAGGUCCAGUUCCAGCAGUUCCUCUCCAGGGAUGGCAAGGACGAGUCAAAAGAUAAGGAAGAGAAGCGAAAGGGCGCCGAAAGCAACAAGAAGGAGACGGUGUUCCCGGACGAGAACAAGACCGGACCGCACGUGUACAGCGCGCUCCAGCUGCGCUUCAGUCUGCUGGGCGGCGUGUUCGACGCCAUCCAGCGCGGCAGCCUCAGCUGCACCGACACCUGGGUUGUGCUGCUGGCCCAGCUGGUCACCAACGGCGUCGUCACGCUCUACAACAACAGUGACAUGUACACCACCGUGGUGGACAUGAUGGCCACCCUGAUCCACUCGGCCGUCGUGGGAGACUCGCAAGCCGAGAAGCCCGAGGAGAACAAGCGCCACUACCAGACGCUGGCCAAGAAGCUGCGCAAGGAGCUGGGCGACAGACGCGGCGUGUCCAUCAAAUACCUGCGCCAGUUCUUGCCCAUCCCCAAGAAGACGGUGGAGGUGAUAAACUGCGAACUCAAGUCAGCGCCGCUGCCCGGCUUCGAGAGCUUCGAGAAGCGCCGGGGCCUGAUCCUGGUGGACAAGCAAAAGGUGUCUCCCUGGGAUCUGCUGGAGGGCCACCGGAACCCGGCGCCGCUCAGCUGGUCUUGGUUCGGCGCGCUCAAACUGGAGCGCUCGCUCAGCAAGUACGAGGAGGUCUUCAAGAUGAUGAGGUUCCACCGGCACAACGGCAUGAUCAAGCUGGACAGCUACUACCUGGAGCCGCCGCCGCUGCCGCCCGAGGACCUCGAGCCCGUCCCCGAGAAGCAGGUCUUUCCUCCCAAGGCGCAGAAAGAGGAGGCCAAGGUGCCCGAGGUGCCCAGCUGCGACUCGCCGCGUGGCAACAAGCGGGCUCGCGGCGGCGCCCAGCGCAAGAAGCGCGAGCGCCCCAACCGAUCGCUCAGCAACUCUGGGAUCAUGGCGCCGCGCAUGAACACGCCGCCAAUGACCGGCAUGGGGCCGUACCCGUCAGCCAGUCUGUACCCGGGCGAGCCGCAGUGGGGCUUCCCGCAGCAGCAGGCGCCCCAGGCCGCCGCGCCCUACUACCAGCAGCCGCCGCUGGGCCCCGGUGGCGGACCCCGCUUCCAGACGUCGGCCAGCAAGCAGGCCAUCUCGCAGAUGCUGCGCAACCGGCAGCCGAACGCCUUCAUGCAGCCGCAGCCGCAGCCCGGCUACCCCAGCAUGCACAUGCAGGACAAGCAGCUGCAGCUGCGCCAGCAGCAGAUGCACUUCAGGGACCAGAUCCGCGUGCAGCACGGUGCGCCCGUGUAUGCACCGCGCCAGAUGCCCGGCCCGCCGGCGCCCGGGCCGGGCAUGCCGCAGACCAUGUACCCCAGCAUGAACCAGGGCUACAACCCGGCGUACAUGGCGCAGCAGGCGCCGCAGCCCAGCCAGAUGCUGACGCAGGGAAACCCCAACACCCUGGCGUUCAGCAGCCAGCAGGGUCAGCCUGGCCAGCAGUCGGCCAUGAUGCAGCAGCAGCAGCAGCCGGCUAUGAUCCCCAUGCGCAGCCAGCAGCAGCCGGGCCCAGCCGGCUACAUGGGACAGAUCAGACCCAGUACAAACUACAUGCAGGCGCCGAACGUGACCGUGAACACGAUGCCGGGCGCCCAGUACCGGGGCAUGGCACCCGGCCCCCCGGCCGCCGGCAUGCAGCAGCGCAUGCGCCACCCCAUGAUGAUGCAGCAGCAGCCCACGCUGAUGAACCAGCUGCGCCAGCCCAGCCUGGCUCAACAGCAGCAGCAGCAGCAGCAGCAACAGCAACAGCAGCAGCAACAACAGCAGCAGCAACAGCAGCAACAGCAGCCCCCGCAACAGCACAACCCGUACCAGUACCACCACCCGUGAGGCGGCGGUCGACAGCUGCCGUCGCUGGCUGGAGACGCGCUGGCCCGACAGGCUACGGCCGGCCAACGACAGUGCCCCGGCUUUCCGGCUCGGACGCCGCUGUUGUUCUGGCGUGGUCCGCCGCCGCCGCCGGCUGUUGCGCGGCGCUAGCCAGCUGCUGG